GGGGCAGAGAGCGCGUACGUCAUGACGCCACUCGUGUCACUACUGAAGUGGGUGCUUGAACGCACCAGGUUAAAUCCGUAACCAACGCGGGCGUCAAGCUAAGUACGUCGAAGAGAAUCCGGCGCGGUUCAUUUCUGAUAGCGCUACGCGGGCAGGAGCCGGCAGACGUUGCUGCAGCUGUUUUCCUUUCACUUUUCUUUGUAUUUAAUUUUUUUUGUACUUUUAUUUUAUUUUCUGUUGCUCCAACAUCAGCAGUCAAUGUUUGUUGGAGAGGAAACGUACAAGUAUAGACAGAGCAUUUCAGAGCAACAAUGAGCACAUCAAAACCCAGUGGACUCAAAGCGCCCAGCAAAAUUGGCAGACCAACCAAUGCUGGGGUCACGAAGACGUCUCCUUCUGCCGGUGCUGCUAAACCAGCUCAGAGUGACAAAUCCUCAGCCGAAGCCCAAGAUGCAGGAGAGCAGUUCAAGAUCGGGGAUCGCGUCUGGGUCAACGGAAACAAGCCGGGCGUCGUUCAGUUUUUAGGAGAGACCCAGUUUGCUCCGGGCCAGUGGGCUGGAAUUGUGCUCGACGAGCCAAUCGGGAAAAAUGACGGUUCGGUGUCGGGCGUGCGCUACUUUCAGUGCGAAGCCUUGAAGGGUAUUUUCACAAGGCCCUCCAAGCUUUCGCGCACAGAAGGUGAGGCGGACGGCACGGCGACGGCUCCUCCGUCCCGCGCUUCGUCGCCCACCCCGUCCACUACGUCGGUGUCUGCUUCAACCAAGAAACCAGCUUCACCCACUAAAACCACCGCUGCUCCAGCCUCAGAACUGGUGCGGUCGAAGAGCGAAUCCGUGUCCAACCUGUCGGAGAGCGGCUCGGUCAAGAAGGGAGAACGGGAGCUGAAGAUCAACGAUCGAGUGCUGGUUGCUGGCACGAAAGCUGGUGUGGUGCGUUUCUUGGGCGAAACAGAUUUUGCCAAGGGUGAGUGGUGUGGAGUUGAGCUGGACGAGCCCUUGGGGAAGAACGAUGGUGCUGUGGCUGGAACCAGGUAUUUCCAGUGUCAGCCCAAGUACGGUCUGUUCGCACCAGUGCACAAGGUGACCCGUAUCGGCUUUCCCUCCACGACCCCAGCCAAGGCGAAGACCACCGUGCGGAAGACGACGACGACCACCACCACCCCGUCAGGACUGAAGCGCAGCCCCAGCGCCUCCUCCAUCAGCUCCAUGAGCUCCGUGGCCUCGUCAGCGAGUUGCAAGCCCAGCCGAACAGGACUGCUGACAGAGACGUCUACGAGGUAUGCGAGGAAGAUCUCGGGCACGACGGCGCUUCAGGAGGCCCUGAAGGAGAAACAGCAGCACAUCGAGCAGCUCCUCGCCGAGCGCGACCUGGAGAGAGCCGAGGUUGCCAAGGCGACCAGCCAUGUGGGCGAAGUGGAGCAGGAGCUCACGUUACUGAGAGAAGGCCAGGAGCAGUAUGUGCUGGAGGUCGAUGCCAAGAUGGAUCAGCUGCGAGCGCUCGUGGAGGCUGCGGACCGAGAGAAGGUGGAACUGCUCAACCAGCUGGAGGAGGAGAAGAGGAAGGUGGAAGACCUGCAGUUUCGGGUGGAGGAAGCCUGCAUUACCAAAGGAGAUCUGGAGACGCAGACGCAGCUGGAGCAUGCCCUUCUUAAGGAGCUUGAACAGAGUCUUCUCUUUGAAAAGACCAAAGCUGACAAACUGCAGAGGGAGUUAGAAGACUCUAGGGUGGCCACGGUCUCUGAGAAGUCCCGUAUCCUGGAGCUGGAGCGGGAUCUCUCGUUGCGGGACAAGGAGGUAGCUGCUCUUCGUAAAUCGUUGGAAGCUGUCCCAGGGCAGGAUGGGGUUCCUGACUCCUCCGUAUUAGUUCUCCAGGAGGAGCUGAGCUCCCUCCGCGCACAGCUGGCCGCUCAGAGUCACAGUCACCAGACAGAGCUGUCUUCCCUGCGCGAGAUGCUCGCGGCUCGAGAAAAAGAACACGGCGAGUCUCUGUCGCAGCUCCAGUCAUCCUCAGGUCGCUUGUCAAAGGAUAACGAGCAGCUUUUAGCUCAGCUGGCCAAAUCUAAGGAGGAGAAUUCAAAUGUCGUUGAGGAGUGGCGCGCUAAACUAGCAUCGGUCGAGGCCUCGCACCAGCAAGCUUUGGAGGAGCUCAAAUCCUCCCACGAGGCAAGCAGAUCUGAGCUGGUGGAGGUGAGCAAGGCUCUAGAACAGUUGCAACUGACACACAAACUGCAGCUCGAGGGGCUCGCCAACAAACAUGCUUCUGAAGCCAUGGGCUGGACGGGUGAAGCCAAAGAGCACAAGGCGCAGCUCCUGAAAGCCAGCGAAGAGAACGAACGGCUGGUGGAAACGCUGCGCACCAAUCUGGAGAAGGCAGAGGAGCAGCACCUGGUGGAAAUGGAGGAGGUGCUGGGAAAACUUCACAGUGCUGAGCUCAGGGUGAAGGAGCUGGAGGACACGGGAGUUAAGAUAGGGCAGCAGCUGCAAGAAAGGGCACAAGAGGCCCUGGAGCAAAAAACAGCCCUUCAGACUCUGCAGUCGCAGCACAGUCAAGGGAACCAAGAGAUGGAGAGGUUACUGACCCAAAUCGAGGAGGCGAAGAGCCAAGCCAGAUCUCAGGAAGAAAAGGUCACUGAGUUGAAUUCAGUACUAGAGGUUAAACAGCAAGAGCUCAAUGGCCUGUUGCAGGAAAAGAGCUCUCUGGUGCAAGAAGUUAGUGUGCUGAAACAGAAUCUUGAAAAAACAUCUAAUGAUCAAGCCAAAUCCGCUCAGACUAAUCAAGAGCUGCGCGAGGAGCUCAAGAAUAAAGAAGAACAGAGCACAUCUCUUUCUGCUGAACUACAGGAUAUGAAGAGCCAGAUUGCCGGUUUACGGAGAAGUUUGAAAGCAAACGAAGAAAGGAUACAGCUGCUGACCAAAGACAAGACUAAACUUGAGAAUGACAUCAUGGACAUGACGAAAUCGUCGGGAGACAGUUCUACUCUAAUAACAAAGCUGAAUGAGGAUGUCAAGCUGAAAGAGAGGAGACUAGAGGAGCUUCAGAAGCAGCUGGAGGAGGAGAGGGAGAAAGCAGCUCAGGCUGAGGAGAAACACUCUCAAGCACAAGUCCAGGCUGAGAAAGAAGCCAAAAGCCUUGAGCAGAAACACAAAGCAGAGCUUUCAGACCUGCAGGAGAAGAUCAAGCUUCUGGAGACGAGCGCUGAAGACAAUCAGGCUAAAGCCAAAGACAUGCUUGCUGUGGGAGAGAAAGCUCUGGCCGAUGCUGUGGAGCGUCACUCAAAAGAGAUGCAGGAAUUACAAGGCAAGUUUGAUAAAGUGCAGCAGGAGCUCCGUGCGUCUCAGGAUGAAAGCCUGGAGCUGAAGAAAAAGAUUGACGAGCUGAAGACCUUCAAAGAAAAGGCUGUGGUGUCAGAGACAGCAGAGCAGGCUGCACAGGCCUCGCUGGAGAGACUGACCCACGACAACCAACAGCUGCAGAAAGACAAGACUGAGGCUGAGACUCUGGUGACACAGCUCAAGAACUCAGUGCAGGAAAUGCAGAGCAAGCUGGAUGCUUUGAAACAGCAGAACUCGCAGCAUGAAGAGAGUCUGAGCUCUGACAGCCAGAAGAUCAGCAGCCUCACCAAAGACAUUGAGGAGUUGAAACAAGCAGCCGCUGAAAAAGAGCAGGCAGUGGAGGCUCUGAAAAAAGAGAAGGAGAAGCUGACGGUGGAGCUCGCCAGCAGCCACAAAGACAGCAACAUCCUGCUGAAUCUCAAGAAGGAGUGUGACAAUCUCAAUGAUCAGUUGAAGGAGGUGAAAUCGAGGGAAAGCGCUUUGAAAACUGAAUCAGAGAAGGAGAAAGCAGCUCUCCAGCAGUCCCUACAAACACAGAGUGCCUUGAUAACAGAAAAGGACAAAGAAUUAGACUCUCUGCGAAAUGAGCUGGGCACUUUGAAACAGCAGAACUCGCAGUAUGAGGAGAAUCUGAGCUCUGACAGUCAGAAGAUCAGCAGCCUCACCAAAGACAUUGAGGAGUUGAAACAAGCAGCCGCUGAAAAAGAGCAGGCAGUGGAGGCUCUGAAAAAAGAGAAGGAGAAGCUGACGGUGGAGCUCGCCAGCAGCCACAAAGACAGCAACAUCCUGCUGAAUCUGAAAAAGGAGUGUGACAACCUCAAUGAUCAGUUGAAGGAGAUGAAAACAAGGGAAAGCACUUUAACCAGCGAAUCAGAGAAAGAGAAAGCAGCACUUCAGCAGUCUCUACAAACACAGAGUGCCUUGAUCUCAGAAAAGGACAAAGAAUUAGACUCUCUGAGAAAUGAGUUCAAAAAGGAGUGUGACAGCCUCAAUAGUCAACUGAAGAAGAUAAAAAUGAGGGAAAGCACUUUAACAAAAGAAACGGAGAAGGAGAAGGAAGCACUACAGCAAUCUCUUCAAACACAGAGUGCCUUGAUCUCAGAAAAGGACAAAGAAUUAGACUCUCUGAGAAAGGAGCUAGCAGGUCUGCGUGAUUCGACACAGACGCUGCAGUCCAAUCUGAAAUCCCACAGGAGUGAGAACACGGUGCUGCAGGAGCGAGUGAAGAAUCUGGAGAGGAGUUUAGCUGACGCUCAGAUCACCAGCGCAGGAGACGACGACUCGGAUGAUUCUGCUUUAAAAACAUGGAAGGAGGCAAAGGAGAAUGCUGAGCGACAGGUUGAAUUCCUGAACUCGGUUAUUGUGGAUCUGCAGCGGAAGAACGAAGACCUAAAAUCUAAACUGGAGAAGAUGGCUGAAGCAGCGCUCAAUGGGAACGGCGCAGCUGAAACAGACACUCAUAACAGUCACGCGGAGCCAGCGAUCAAAAAGAAACCCCCUCCCCGUCUCUUCUGUGACAUCUGCGACUGCUUUGACCUGCACGACACCGAGGACUGUCCCACCCAGGACCAGAUGCUGGAUUCGCCGCCACACACCACCUACCACGGCAGUCCCAACGACGAAAGGCCGUACUGUGACAUCUGUGAGGUGUUCGGCCACUGGACCGAGUCCUGCAACGACGAUCAGACUUUCUAGGGUCCUGCCUCCGUGAUCCCGCCACAUUUGUACUUGCAAUACUAUGCCUUGAAUCAAACCGUGCACAAAAGACUGUUGUAAGUUUGCGUGGUUUUUCACCCGUGUGUUUGCCACCACAUAAGCCUAAACCCUUCAGUCACUUUAAGCGAGCAUCAGUAGUUUACUCAGUGGCAAUUUUACCUGCCUUUAUUGCACUGAAUGACUGUUAGGAGGGAAGAGGGUUUUAAGUUCACUUUGAAAGUACCUUGUAGUAAAAGCUCAUUCUUUCUGUGGUGGUUAAGCAGGAAAUCUGGAAACUACGGUUCUCUCAUACGCUCGAAGGUCUUCGGUUUCAGAUCUUUGAUCUUCAGUGCUGACCUCUGGUGGACGGGAGGCUUGACUUCUCAACAGCCCUUCACAUAUCAACGCGUUUGGAAGAGAAGUGUUAAUAUAAAGAGUAAGUUAUUCUAGUAUUGUGAAAAUUUCAGAAUUUCUAAACAAAAAAUAAGUAAAUAUGUUUCAAACAUUUAUCAUCUUUCAGAAUGACUGUUAGGAAAACGUUCGCAACUUUUGCCCAAAAAGAAAUGAAAAACGCAAGUAACCACCAUCUUAUGGUUUUUGUUACUUUAUUAUUAUUAUAAUUAUGACGUUGUGGAGAUCUGGUAUGUAUGAAAUUGUGACUGUUUCCAGUAAAGUCGGCGUGUGUUUCCCAGAUUGUUUGUGAGACAUUUAUUUGUAUAAAGAUCUAAAGGGGAAAUUUUAUGGAAAUAAACUUCAAGAAAUGUCUUUUAAGUGCAAAAAAAAUAUCCUUUGUGUUGUAUGUUCAUGCGAAUGUGCUGCUCUAAAAAAAAAAAAAACGUGUGCGUGGCCCUAAAGAACAUCGGAAACCGUCUGCAGAAAAUGUAGGGCAGUUUGUCUCUUGUCCGAGCCAGACGUUGUUUUUGAAAAUGAAACUGCCUGAUGAAAUGCAGUGAGUUACAAUAAACAUUGUUUUCAAAUACA